AUGCUGGCCGCCAGAGCUUGCUUCAAAUGUCUGAAGCUCAACCACGAUGCGAAAUACUGCAGAGAAGGCCCGAAGACCGAGUGCCGAUUCUGCAACGCGAGCCACUACGCGAUCAUCUGCCCGAAGUCGUCCAAGAAUACCAGCGGCAAGCCGAAGGCAAACCUAUCAGUCAACAUGGACAUGGACACUCUAGGCGACUCAGUUUUCCUGUGGACGGCGGCGGCAUGGGCGGAAGUAGGUUCCACCAAGGUACCGUGUCGCAUUCUCAUCGAUCCAGGAUCACAAGCCUCUCACGUGACAAGAGCUCUCACCGAAAAAUUGAAAUCGAGACCUUUCACACACCUGGAUCUCACGAUGGGGACUGCAGGAGGACAAAUUACGGACAUCCGGAAUUGUGGAGUACACCAUGUGACCCUGAGAAGCAGACAUCAGGCGAGCAGAACUUUACGGCUCAGAGCCAUCGAGCUUGACUGUAUUUCAAGAUCGGAGUUCUCGGUCAUGGAACAAGACUUCAACCUCACGCCAGUAGCCGACUCAAUCGCACGUACCAACGAUCAAUUGGUGGACAUUCUCUUGGGACAGGAUCAAUUGACAAAAAUCAAAUUCACAGAUCCCAAAGCUAUCGGAGAUCACUUCGCCUUCAAUUAA